AUUGAUAUUAAAGGGAGCACGUGUAGACGUAUUCAGCUAUCUGGUAUGGAGGUUUCUACGAUGAAUGGCAUAUAUGAGAAUAAUAACAAGAUCAUUGCGAAUAUGCCUAGUUAUACCAAACAGAGUACUUCAACGUACAACAUAUACUUUGUAAUGUCAACUGUAAGAUCGGGAAGAUGGGUGAUUGAUGAUGAUUUUGUUUCUACCUAUUAUCCUGCUCGUUCAAAUCUCAUCUACAUUAGAACUGGAGUUAAAAACAACCCGACGUCUGCAUCAAGCUGGGAAGCACUGGGAGAUAGCAAAUGGGUAGAGCAGAUGUCUUCAAAAUGGAUUUGUCUUGAUGAUAUUGAUGAUUGCAAAGAUUCCCCUUGUAAAAAUGAUGGAUCUUGUAUAGAUGGAGUUGACAGUUAUAGUUGUAACUGCGUCGCUGGCUACACUGGUCAUCGAUGUGAGACAGACAUCGAUGAAUGUCAGAACUCACCGUGUCAAAACGGAAGAUGUGAGGAUGCCUUGAACAAUUAUACAUGUAUAUGUGAAGAUGGGUUUACUGGAAGUGACUGUGAGACUGAUAUUGAUGAAUGUCAAAGUGACCCAUGUUUAAAUGGAGGACGUUGUCUGGAUAGAGAGAAUGGAUAUAUUUGCGCUUGUGUUCCUGGAUAUACUGGCACUGAAUGUGAGACAGAUAUAGACGAAUGUGCAGACAAACCUUGUCUUAACAGAGCAG